AUGGCCGACGUCGACGGCUCCGUCCUCCAGCCGGCCCAGCUUCAGCCUGAGGUCGAGGCUCAAAAUUCCCCAGAGGUGCAGUUCCAGGACUCGCCCCAAGAUCGGGCCGUCUCUCGCACCGCUACUCCAACCGUUGAGCGAAACCCAAGCCAGAAGAAGCCGCAGAAUAUGAACGGCCCAUUAUACAUGCAGUCAGCCGGCAACAAGAACGUACGAUUCGUGCCUCGCAACAGAAAGCAGGACGACAGCGCUCUGGUUCUCUUGGCUCGCUGGUUCGUUGAGAAUCAGAUUGGCCUCUCCUUCAACCUACUCGCCCUCCUUUUCCUUGCCCACUACUUCAUCCCCAAGGCGCAACCACACACUGCCAAGUUCUUCACCCUGUCAUACCGCAACCCCGCCACGGGCAGUUACAAGAAUGGUUGCGACGACAUGUACUUCAUCGCCUUCUGCGUUAUUCUCUUCACUGGUCUGCGCGCCGCCACGAUGGAAUACGUUUUGGCUCCUUUUGCCAAGACAUGGGGAGUGCGCAAGACCAAGGACCUGACCCGCUUCAGCGAGCAGUCCUGGAUGCUGGUGUACUAUGUUAUCUUUUGGUCAAUGGGCCUGUAUAUCUACUGCACUUCAUCAUACUUCCUCAACCUCCAAGAGAUGUGGACCAACUGGCCAGUUCGCGAGCUGAAUGCGCUCAACAAGUUCUACACAUUGGCCCAGUCAGCUUUCUGGAUCCAGCAGAUUAUUGUUAUCAACAUUGAGGAGCGCCGCAACGACCACUGGCAGAUGCUUACCCACCACAUCAUCACUCUUGGCCUGCUGUUCUCGUGCUACGCUUACCACCAGACGCGCGUCGGCAACGUCAUUCUCGUCAUUAUGGACGUCGGUGAUAUUUUCCUGCCGCUCGCCAAGUGCCUGAAGUACAUGGGCUUCACGACCGUUUGCGAUGUAAUGUUUGGCGUCUUCCUGACCUACUGGAUUGUCGCCCGCCACAUCCUGUACCCAAUGGUCUGCUGGUCCAUUUACACUGAUAUUCCCAAUAUCAUCGGCGAGGUCUGCUACAAGGGCUCCGAUAGCAAUCUCCAAGGUCCCUUUCCGGUGCCCGAGACCUCGAGCUAUCUCCUCGAGCCGUUCUGGGACUCGGAGGGCAUGGUCUGCUUCGGCAAGAAGGUCACGUGGUACUUCCUUGUACCCCUUCUGCUGCUGCAAUGCCUCAUCUUUGCCUGGUUCGUCCUCAUUGCCCGCGUUGCUAUCAAGGUGAUUCGUGGUGGUAGCGCCGAGGAUAACCGCAGUGACGACGAGGCCGAGGAGGAGGAUGACUUUGUAUACGAGGAAGCUCCCGCUCGAGGAGGAGGUUGGUGUUGA